AUGACCAAGUUAGAGGAAAUGUUGCGCGUAUUAAAAAGACGAAAUUUUGCGGGUAAAAACGGGAUUUACGAUAUCAGGUAUUAUCGGCUGUCUGGGCCCACUAUUUUGGGUUUUUGGGUAUAUAUAGGGAAUGGGGUGGGUGUGCGGAGGGUUACUCUUAUAAUAUAG